AUGUCUACUAUUGUUGAGUCCGCUCAAACAACCACCACUAUUUCGCCUGAUAACAAGGCAACCAAGUAUGAAUCCCUCACUAAGGGAAUGGAGUCUACCGCCACCCUGCCCCUAUGGGAGCAGAUGAAGAGGCUCAAUCCUCCUGCGCCUGACCCACGCACCAUCCCCUACAUCUGGAAGUACGAUGAGAUCCGGCCGCUCCUCAUCCAAGCAGGCGAACUCGUCACAGAGAAACAGGCCGAGAGAAGAGUCCUCAUGCUCGUCAAUCCCAAGCGCGAGGCGCCGUUCACAACGGACACGCUCUACGCCGGCCUGCAGCUGGUCAUGCCGCACGAGACGGCACCAGCGCACCGGCACACAGCCUUCGCCAUGCGCUUCGUCAUCGAGGGGUCUGGCGGCUUCACCGCCGUGCACGGCCGGCGCGUGCCGAUGCAGCGCGGCGACGUGAUCCUGACGCCGACGUGGAACUGGCACGACCACGGCAACGGCGGCUCGCAGCCCAUGAUCUGGCUCGACGGCCUCGACCUGCCCAACUUCGUCCACUUCCCCGUCCACUUCGUCGAGCACUACAAGGACCCGCGGUACCCGGCCGAGGACAUCGAUACCGAUGAUUCGCCCAUCGUGUUUCCGUGGGCGAAGAUGAAGGGGAGGUUGGAUGGGACGGCGGGCGAGUGGGUGGCUGUGCCGUAUCUGAAGGAGGAUGGGAGGGAAGUGAGCCGCAUCUUGGGUGGCUCGGCGGAGCGCCUCAACUCGGGUAGCACAUCGCCUUCCAGACGUGAGACUUCUUCGGCGGUCUACCACGUCAUCGAGGGUUCCGGAUAUUCGGAGAUCAAUGGGGAGAUGAUUGCCUGGAAGAGGGGUGACACAUUCUGCAUUCCGUCAUGGUACCGGUACCAGCAUUUUGCCUCCCCUGGCGAGACUGUCUAUCUGUACCGGUUCGAUGAUAAGCCGAUGCUGAAAUCGUUGGGUUUCUACAGAACGGAGGAGAUGGAUGAGAAUGCCCUGCUGUCUGACUGA